AUAGCAGAGAACAAGAGGGCCGGUGUUUGUUCCUGGUCAGAGCAGAGGUGCACCAGAUUAGGAUUGAGUGGGUCCUCUCACAUGAGAGCGCAGAAGAAAAAAAAAGAGACUGUGGAAGAGAAAGAAAAUAAUAAAAGAACCAAGGAGGGAUCGAGCAAAAUAGAGCAACGGACAGAGAGGGAAGAAAUAGAGAGAAAAUUAGAGGACAGCGAUCCCGAAACACAGGAGAGAUGGGCAACAGCAAAAGUGUCUCCCUGUCCAAGGAUCUCCUGGAGGAGCUGAAACUGAACACCAAGUACAGUGAGAAGCAACUAUGUACCGGGUACCAGACCUUCCUGAGAGAGUGUCCCAGUGGGCGAAUCAGCAAGCAGCAGUUUGAGGCCAUCUACGUCAAAUUCUUCCCCGACGCAGACCCCAAGGCUUAUGCACGCCACGUCUUCAGGAGCUUCGAUUCCAACAGUGAUGGGAUGCUGGACUUUAAGGAGUACAUCAUGGCCCUGCACUUGACCUCCUCUGGGAGGACCAUACAGAAACUGGAGUGGGCGUUCAACCUGUACGAUGUCGACCACAAUGGAAGCAUAACCAAGAAGGAGAUCCAGGAGAUCGUCGAGUCGAUAUUCAACAUGAUCUCCAAAGAGGACCAGAAGAAUCUUCCUGAUGAUGAGAACACACCAGAGAAGAGAGCUGAUAAAAUCUGGGACUCCUUCGGCAAGAAAGAAAAUGAUAAACUAACAGAGGAGGAGUUUAUCCAGGGAGUGAUGGACAACAAGAACAUCCUCAGACUGGUGCAGUUUGGCCAGCCACAGAAGGUACAGGAGAGACUAAAGGAGACGAAACAUUAGCAGCUGACAUCGCCAUCUUUUUUGUUGUUGUUUUUUUUUCACUUCAACUUUACACAUCCAGGUUAGUUUCACUGGGACAAAAUAUUCACAUCAAGAAAGACCUGAAGCUUGCAAUGUUUGUUGUUAAGUUUGUAACAUAGUACUUGUUCAAGUGUGCCGUUGGAACAGCACGUUUAUAUGGUAUCUUUUGUGUCAUUGCCGUAUAUACAUUUUCAUGAUUUAGUAAUCAAUAGCAGAGAUUUGUUUCAAGCACAACAUUCCCUUUAAUGUAUAUAUUCCUUUAAGGAUACAUUUUAGAUAUGACAAAUACAUGAUAAUACCCACAUCCUGCACAUUACUGUAAGACUUAUCCUUCACACUGUACUUUGUCAAAGACCAAUAUUAGUAUGUUCAAUACCAACACUUACCUGUCAAUGCUCUACAGUUUUGAGUGUAUUCAAUUGUGUUUAUAUAUCUGUCGUUAGUACCUUUAUUUGAUAAA